CGCGGCGGACCGACGGUUGACACAAAAGAGGCUGCGUGCCGAUUUCAAACUGCUGCUCACGCGCACAUCUCUUAUCUCCGCUCGUGCUGCGCGACUAGCUCGCGUUCUAAAUUAGCUCUGUCAGUUAAUCCCGCUCACCGCGCGCCCGUCCUUCCGCCGUCCUCGUUAUUUCCUCUUUAUAUUUUUUACGGCGGCGCGUUGUGCUACACGAUUUGCCACCUUGUUUCGUCGCGUUUAUCGACCACACGCCUUUUGUUUUGUUUUUGUUGUUUCAUUCAACGUAGCGUGAUCGAACAGGACCCAACCCGUCCGUGGCUCCGGAUCACUCGGCACCACCGGUAGAGGUUACCUGGACCUACGGUCCCGAGUCUUGAUCUCUGUGCGCCUCGUCGGGCCGUUUCUUCCCCGCCUCUUCUUCCUCGUCAGCAGACAUGCCUCCCGCGCCGGGUGGGCCUGCGCGCCCCACCCCUCCCGAAGGAGGCUGGGGCUGGGCGGUGGUGCUGGGGGCUUUCAUCUCCAUCGGCUUCUCCUACGCCUUCCCCAAGUCCAUCACCGUGUUCUUCAAGGAGAUCGAGGUCAUCUUUGAUGCCACGCCCAGUCAAGUGUCCUGGAUCUCCUCCAUCAUGCUGGCAGUCAUGUAUGCUGGAGGUCCAAUCAGCAGCAUCCUCGUGAACCGAUUUGGCAGUCGACCAAUCAUCUUAGUCGGAGGUUGUCUUGCCGGCUCGGGGCUCGUUGCGGCCUCCUUUUGCAACACAGUGGGGCAGCUCUACUUCUUCAUAGGUGUAGUGGGAGGCUUGGGACUGGCCUUCAACUUGAAUCCGGCCCUCACCAUGAUCGGUCAAUACUUCUACAAGCGGCGUCCCAUCGCCAAUGGCAUCGCUAUGGCAGGCAGCCCCGUGUUUCUGUCCACGCUGGCUCCUCUCAACACCUGGCUGUACGACCAGUUUGGGUGGAGAGGCAGCUUCCUCAUCCUGGGAGGGCUUCUGCUCAACUGCUGCGUGGCCGGCUCCCUGAUGCGCCCCCUCGUAGCCAAAGUGCAGCUUUCCAAACUCGACCCAGAGGCGGACGAGGUCAAGGCGGUGGAUUCCCUGCCGCCACAGCCUAAGAAGACUGUCCUGCAGACCAUCAACUCCUUCAUCGACCUGACGCUGUUCAAACACCGCGGCUUCCUGCUCUACCUCUUCGGAAACGUCAUCAUGUUUUUUGGCCUCUUCGCUCCACUCGUCUUCCUCUCCAAUUUCGCCAAGAGCAAGGACAUCAGCAAAGAGAAGGCGGCCUUCCUGCUGUCGGUGUUGGCGCUGGUCGACAUGUUCGCCCGUCCCUCCAUGGGCAUGCUGGCCAACACCAAGUGGGUCCGGCCCAGGAUUCAGUACUUCUUCGCCGCCGCCGUCCUCUACAACGGAGUGUGCCACGUGCUGGCGCCGCUGUCGUCGGACUACACCGGAUUUGUCGUUUACGCCAUCUUCUUUGGUUUCGCUUUCGGCUGGCUGAGCGCGGUGUUGUUCGAGACGCUGAUGGACCUGGUGGGAGCUCAGAGGUUCUCCUCGGCCGUGGGUCUCGUCACCAUAGUGGAGUGUGGGCCGGUGCUGUUGGGCCCGCCGCUAACAGGUCAGUUCUAUAACUACUACCAGCACUAUGACUACACCUACAUCUCCUGUGGCAUCAUCCUCAUCUGUGCAAGCCUCGUCCUCUUUUUGGGAAUGGGCCUCAACUACCACCUGCUGGCCAAAGAGAAGAAGAAUGAAGAGCGAAAAGAGCAGGAGGAGCCGAAGGAGGAGCAAGCCGCUAUGCUGGCGCCUCCCUCUCCGUCGAAAUCAGACGAGGAGAAAGUCGAGCCAGCUGCUGUCCUGCUGGAUGAAGUUGCCAGGAUGGACGAGGACACUGUGUAGAAAACAGUCAAGGAGGCACACACACACACGUCGCCCUGGUAGAGGGAUAAGCUCCGUUUACACAACCCUGAAGCCAUAGUCACUAACUUUUAUUUUCAAUAAAAUAACAGACUUUCUUUUCACCGCAUUGAGACCUUCUAGUUUUUGGUAUUUGACAUGGCCUCUAAUAGUACAAGCGGAAGAUGGACGUACAGCAGACAGAAUGACUGGAAGAUAAAAAUCCAAUAGAUGGAUGAGGGCUUUUGUCUCCGGGUCAACCUGCUGGAGUCGGUAAAUUGCUUCCGUUGCAGUACACAAAUGCCUACUGUACAGUUACCCUCACAUGCUACAUCCUUACGUUGCGUCACUUCUCAGGAGCUGGACAUGAAUUCAAAUGACACAUUCCUACUGAUGUGGAUAGGGCCAAUCUUUUUUUCAUUUGGGAGGGAUGUUUUUCACCAGAGGGAGAUGUAACGUUUAAACUUCUAGUUGUGCACAUAAAGAACAAAUAUUGCUUAGAAAUGCAACGGGUAUAGGAAGUUGAAGACUUUUUUUUAACCUUCACCUGUUUGCUUGUACACAAAUAUCUGUGCACUCUCUCACUCUGUAAUUGCCUGCAUUGCGGUGCUGAUAAAGACACUUUGGAAGAACGAUGCUCACACCGUUACACCCCACAGAUUUACCUACUGUGUUACCAGCAGUCCUAAUACUGAAUUACACCCCAAGCUGGUUUUCUCUUCUCCCGGAUGGGUAAAAGACUGUUAUUGGACGAGUUAGAGGUU